UAGAAGACAUGUAGAGGAAAAAGAAAGAGUGACCGAGCAGUCACAGUUAUGAUCUAUUCAAUGAUUUUUGCAUUGUUUUCUUUCUUUCUUUUUAGAAAGAGAUGCGAACAUAUGAAGAUGCUAUAUUGAAUGAAGCAGAACACCUUGUUGAGAAUAUAAAUAAACUGAAAGCGUGUGCUUCUCAAAUGAACGAUGAAGAAUUAAUAAAUAUUAUUGAAAAGCUACGACGGAUAGAAAAGAAGACAUCACUAGUAUGUACAUUCUUUCGUGCGUCUGCAUUUAAUCAUCUCAAGCAAACACAAAAUACAAACAGACCCCCUUUUUAUCAAUAAAAGAAGCAUUUAUCACAUAAUGAUCUUUACAUACAAUAAAUGAAUAUUGAUAUUACGAGUUACUUGUGCGCGCACUUUAAUGUGAAUAGGUCACACCAAUAUACGUGUCAGGUACUUUUGACUUUUGGUCCAGAAUAUCUCACACACACAUAUAUUUAUACAUAUGUAUACAUUAGCUACAGAGUCAAAUCAUAAAAGUAUCAUGCAACAUAUGUGUAUAUA